CGCUUUACGAGAGGAGAGCACUGGGCUUCUUCCGUCAUAUGUGCUUGGAGACGUCUAUAUCUAGCAUCCCUCUCGCCGACUCAACCACACAUCGCACUCAAUGCAGCCUUAUUAGGCUCGCAGAGCAUUCGCCAACCAUCCUUCAUCCAUCGCACCCGUUCUAUCUUAAAUUCGCUCGGCGCGCAAGCUGCCAUCUCGCUAUUUCUGUGUUCAAGGCCCUUAGGCCACUCACAAUCAUGGCGAGCCAACGACCCCUCACUUCCUUCAAAUGUCUCACUUUCGACUGCUACGGAACCCUCGUCGACUGGGAGGGAGGCAUUUACACUGCCCUCGGCCCUCUGACGCAGCAGCUUCCUACGGAUCACUCGCUCUACAAUAAUCGCCCUGCUACUCUAAAGGCUUUUAUUAAACACGAGACGAGCGUCCAGAUCGAGCACCCCACCGAGCUCUACAGCAAGGUUCUGGCUGCCGCGUACACCAAUUUUGCCGCUGAGCUGGGCGUCUCCACCAACGAGCAGGAUGCCGCAAGAUUCGGCGGCGGUGUCGGAGACUGGCCGGUGUUUCCCGAUACCAUUCACGCACUGCAGCGGCUGAAGAAGCAUUUCAAGCUCGUCAUCCUGUCCAACGUGGACAAGGACUCGUUCUCGCGAACACUCGCCAAGCAGUUCGUCGGCAUUGAGUUUGACGCCAUUUACGUGGCCGAAGAGAUUGGCUCCUACAAGCCUGACCUGCGAAAUUUCGAGUACCUCAUCGCCCACUGCGAGAAGGACCUCGGCGUGAAGAAGGAGGAUAUCAUUCACACCGCUCAGAGCUUGUUCCAUGAUCAGGUCCCCGCCACUACGAUUGGUCUUACCUGCGCAUGGAUUGAGCGGGGAGAGGACGUCGAGUCCGUCAUGGGCGGAAACUUGGAAGCGCUGGGAGACAAGGUGAAGUUGUCGUGGCGGUACAAGAACAUGGGCGCGUUUGCCGAUGCGUUUGAGCAAAUAGCUUAGACAUGCUUCGGGUCUUAGGCUCAGCACCGAAAAGGACAGCUUGCCAUUUCCUGACCCGGAGUCAUGGGAUAGCCUCUCCAGCACCUCAGAAUUCUCCCAUAUGCGAGGACUGAGUUUAUUAGUCACAUUGAGAAAAUCAAGUGACUUGUGGAGGAGGUAAUCCGGUUGUGUAUUUGUAUGUUUUCAGCGUGUCAGUGUUUGCUAUAUAUCCAUAGAUAUGCCAUAGAAGCAAUAAAUGAACUGACUAAA